GAUGCCGUUCAUCUGACUAUUAUGUGCUAUCAAAUUCAUGAAAAUACGAUUUUUGCGGAUGUGAGGCCCGAGUUUGUAGAUGACCAAGCCAUUUUUAACCGCUUGCUUAAUUUGGAAUGACACCGGAUUAAAAAUGAAUUAAUUGUGUCGUUUGGUAACAGAUCAGCAAACCGUGAUAAUCACUGGCUCUAGAACUAAAAGUAGAUUUCCUGAAUGCAAGAACAAAGAUCACGCGAUAGCCCAACUCCUCAGGUAUCGCAGGUAUCGGUUUAGUCAUUACACUACUCACAGUUUGGCGCUGUAUUUUCCCUGCGUGUCUCAAAUGCAGCAUAUUGACUCAGACAUUCAAAUGAUAGGGAUAUAUGGAUUUUAAUGCCACUCAGUGGGUGUAUUGACAAGUAACUCGAAGUGUUUCCAUACAUUAUUUGGCCAGCAAUUAUAUUGACAAAACCCGAGACAUGUACCUGCAGUUUAUUCUUGCAGAACAUUGUCAGAGUGCAUUCAAAGACACUGCCUUAAAAGAAAGAAAGAAAAGUAAGAGAAAAACAAACUUUUGUUUGGGGUACAGGUUAUUGACUCCUAAUACACCCCAGCGGCUAGCCUGUCUAGUGCAUCGAGAAAGUGAGGACAGGCCCCAGGUGUGAUAAUUAGGUGUGAAAUACGUUGCAUUGACGUUCACGCGGAGGCAGACUACUUUUUCAAAGGAGAAGAAACAGGCUGGGGAGGACUGGCUGUUAGACGUGUCUUGUCUGAUUUUGAUUAACAAUGGCUUCAGUGAGAGUAGCGGUCCGAGUCCGUCCGCUGAACAAAAGAGAAAAGCAGUUAUCGUCGAAGGUGAUAAUACACGUGAACGAGAGUACUACAUCUAUUCACAAGCCUUCACCUGUUCGAGGAGACGGACUGAAGGACAAAGGGAAGACUUUUUCUUUUGACUUCUCUUAUGAUUCAACUGACAGAGCUAGCCCCACAUUUGCAUCCCAGGAGAGGAUUUUUCAUGACUUGGGGUCUGAUGUACUGAAAGCGGCAUUUGAGGGUUUCAAUGCCUGUGUCUUUGCCUAUGGCCAAACAGGCUCAGGAAAAUCUUACACCAUGAUGGGUCAUACAGAAGAUAAAGGUUUAAUCCCACGGAUCUGUGAAGGCUUGUUCUGGGAGAUAUCUCACAGAAGCAAGAGUGAUGCAGUGUCGUUCCGUACAGAGGUCAGCUAUUUAGAGAUCUACAAUGAACGUGUGCGGGACCUUCUCAAUAAACGAACCACUCCCACAGAGGGUGGAUGUUUGAGAGUGAGAGAGCACCCCAGAGAUGGGCCCUAUGUUGAGAAUCUGUCCAAGCACUCGAUACAUAACCACAGUGACAUGGAGGACCUGAUCAUUCUCGGCAAUGCCAGCCGCACCACAGCAAGCACGGGCAUGAAUGACUUCAGCAGCCGGUCACAUGCCAUCUUAACCAUCAGCUUCACACAGGCAUGGUUUGAUGCAGAGUUGCCACGUGAGACGCUGAGUAAGAUCCACCUGGUAGACCUGGCAGGCAGUGAGAGAGCUGAUGCCACACGCACCACAGGCACCAGGCUAAAGGAAGGUGCCAACAUCAACAAAUCCCUGGUCACCCUGGGCAGUGUGAUCUCAACUUUGGCUGAUCUUAGCGUGGGAGGACCGUCAACAAAAAAGAAGCAGCAGCAGAUCUUCAUUCCUUACAGAGACUCUGUGCUGACAUGGCUACUAAAAGACAGUCUGGGUGGAAACUCUAUGACUACUAUGAUUGCAACUGUUUCUCCUGCUGAUGUGAACUACGGGGAGACCCUGAGCACUUUGCGCUAUGCCAGUCGAGCUAAAAACAUAGUCAACUCUCCCACAGUGAAUGAAGAUGGCAGUGUCAAGGUUAUCAGGGAGCUGCAGGCAGAGGUUGCCAGGCUCCGAAGGCUACUAGAAGAAGCCAAUCAGGUCUCCCGUGGGGAGCUGUCUUCCUCUAUAGUAGUGGAGGAGGAGCUGCAUCAGAAUGAGGUAAAGGUUCUUGCACUGACCAAGGAGUGGACCAGCAAAUGGGGUGAGACCCAGAGCAUUCUGCAGGAGGAGACUGUGGCUCUGAGGAAGGAGGGGAGCGGAGUAGUCCUUGACUGCCAGUUACCUCACCUGAUAGGCUUUGAGGAAGAUCUACUGAGCAUUGGCAUUGUCCUCUAUUAUUUGAAAGAGGGGAGAACCCUGAUCCGGAGUGACAAAGCAUCUUGCAGUCAGGAUAUUGUACUCUGCGGGCCUGGGCUCCUCAGUGAACAUUGUGUGCUUGAGAACCGUGCUGGGACCGUGACUCUGAUCCCUCAGGAUGGUGCACUGUGUUCAGUCAAUGGCUCUGUGGUCACCAAUCCCUGCCAGCUGACUCAGGGUGCCAUCAUACAGCUAGGAAGAAGAACCAUAUUAAGGUUUAACCACCCAACUGAAGCUGCCCAGCUCAGAGAGAAAUGCCAGAGCGGGCUGCUGUCUGCCUUCAGCUUGUCCUUGACUGACAUGUCCAAAUCUACUGAGAAUCUGUCCAAAGUGAUGCUGCAAAAUCCAGGGAGGUUGGAAGAUACGCUCAACCAGCAGGAGGUUUCAUGGCAGCAGGUCCAAGAAAGCCUGAACAAAUGUAACCAGGACAUCAAAAGACCUCCAAAGGAAAACAGUGGGGCUCCCCAUCAAUUGAGAGCAGGAGAGAAGACAAAUGGUGCAGAAAUGGAAGAGACUGGUAAUGGUCUGAUGGAUAUGCUGGCUGCAGAGACAGCUGAGUCCAAAGUGCCAAGCUGCUGUAUUACCUCUGCCACAACACAGCUCAUAACCUCAGCCAUACCUGGAAAAUAUCCUGUCCCUCACACUGGUUUUGAGUUGGAUGGAGAGACACUACAGAGUGGGGUAAGCACCAGGGAUGGCCAUGAUCAGGAGAUGGACCUGUGUCAUAAAUCAGGGCUCAUGUCUGAGAGGCCGUGGAGAAAAGCUCAGAGUGGGACUGGGGUUGCAAGUUAUAAGGGAGAGGAGGUUUGGUCAGGGGAUGUCAGCCUCCAGCAGACAAGUGUCUUGGGCCUGGGUGAUGGAUGUGGCAUGAAGCCAGAGGGGAAUGCUAACGAGAUCCAAGGUGUCGUGGCUGACUGCUACAAGGGGAGACCUGGCUCUGGUGGGAGCUCAUUAGGCACCAUGUCCCACCUGCAGAGCAGCAGAGGAACCAGCUCCAUGUCUGUCGUCCCACAGACCAGCACUCAUUCUCAGCUCAACGAAAAGCCUCCCGGCAGUCAGGCACCCCACUGUCCACCUGAGGAAACUAUCUUUGAGUGCCAGUUCAGCUGUGGAGAGAUGGAUGAAUCUGCAGGUUUGGUGGAGAUCCCGGGAGUGUGUGUGACAGAAACUGCAGCAGCCACAGCUCAAAAAUCAGGGCUGGGCUCUUUGGUCGGCAGGGUUUCUUGGAUGGUUCAGGAUGCAGGACGUCUCCUUUGGAACUCUCGCACAGUACUGCAGCGGGUUAGAGAAGAGGGAUUACAGCCUGUUGGGGCUCGCUGGUCCAGUCGUGUUGUCUCUCUGGUUAGGGAAAGUAAUGUUGUAUCUGUAGUGAGGGACAGCCAGGUCUUCUCAAUGGUUAAAGGGAGCUUUGUCUUCUCCCUGUUGAGGGAUAGUCACAUUUUUUCCAUAGUGAAAGAACUGCCACUCAUACAGCACAUCCAGAUGGAGAUAACUCAACACCUUCAGCCUGAGGAGGCAGCUCAGAUGAGUCAGGGCUGCGUUAAUCCCAACACCACACAUCUCCCAGUCCUGACACCAACACAAACUUUUUUCAAAGCAGACGAAUUGCUAGAUGACAUGCCAGUAAUCCUAGAAGACAUCUGGACAAGGAAAAAAAGUAUGGGGGAUCUGUCACAAAAGCAAGACAUGGCUGAUACAUAUGUAAAACAAGAAGACAGUCUGAUCACAGAGCUGAAACACAUCAGUGAGCUGGAGCUUACCCCUGUGUCUGAAGACAAAGAACAGGUACUGGAGAACUCAAGAACUGUGUGGAACAAAAAGGAUGUUCAAAUCUUCAGUCAAAUGUUGAUAGCAUUUCCCAAUUCCCUUUUGGACUUGCAAACUCUGCCAUUACUAGACAUGAUGGAUGCUUUACAUUCAUUCAUCUCCACCUCAGUGAUCCCCUCCCAGAAUAUUGUAGCUCUUUUUUGGUUGAAUGUGGCUAAAUACGACCAACCUGAGCCCCGCCCCGCCCUCCUCAUCUUGGCAGAGACUGGCCUCUAUACUCUGACCACUGACUCUGGGCCCCUAGUUUUGUUCCAUCACCUCCCCUUGUUACAGCUGAAGGAGGUGCAGGUAGGCUUUGCAGGCCACAGUCUGCGUUUGAUCGGCACGACAGAGGAGAGCAUCCUGGGUAUCUAUACCCACAGCCAGAAGCUGACCAGAGAGCUGUGCAGGGCCAUACUUGGUGUCAUCUGCCCUCAGGACAGCAGGGUCUCUCAGCACCCACUGUUCCAUGGACACCUGAUGAAGAUGUCUCUAGACUGGCAGGUGUACGUACCUGACCUGCUGCUUGAUGCAGGUUUAAGGGUUUGCUGCCAGUUUCAGAAGAGUCUUGCUGAUCUGGUUUACCUUCUUCAUUGUAACAUGGAUCAAGAAACAGUCACUCUGGGAGAGGUACAGCUGCUAUUGUACACAAGUGUAGGGGUGUGCAUCAUUCCCAGGACACGCGCUGAGCCUCUUGCCCAGCUUUUACUUACUGAUACCCACAUUGGUCUGGUGCAGGAAGAUGUUAUCUUUCACCCAACUCCAAGCUCUGUAACCAUAGUGCCCUGCCGUCCCCUAUUCCACGACUUAACUCUUCGUCAGCGCUCAGAUGUGCGGUGUGUGCUGGUGCACGAUGAAGACAACCGUGGAGCUGUCAGACUGGAUGUAAUCCUCGCAAAUGUGAGGGGCAGGGGUCACCCUGAAAGCGUGACUAAGGCAGCUGCCCCGCCUGCACAUGCUUCAAAUUCAUCUCCGCAUGCAGAAGUGUGGAAAUUAACUUUCAGUUGCUCCACUGAGGCCGCCUGCCUGAUUAAUCACUUGUCAAAUGUCUGAUCAAGGACUGAACAGCCAGUAAUGAACAGCCCAGCUUGAAAACUCACUCAUAGGGAGUGAUGGCAAAAGUGCAUCCCAAUCAGACAGUUCAAAGUACAGCUUCACGUUAAAUGACAGUGAAAACUAUGACCUACUUUGAAGUUUCCGUAUUGAUUUGUUUCUCCAGAAGUUUUGGUCAUUUUAAUGUUACAUGGCUUUAGUACUUUAAUAUUUUAUCUUUAAAACAAUUGAAUGUCUUUUGUUCUUGUUUCUUCUUCAUUGUUUUUGUUCUUUACCCAUUACCCUUCCCAUUGUUAUUUUUGUCAAAGAGGUUGUCAGUUUAACAUGUAAGGUUUUAAAUAAUUAGGGGCUGAAGGUUCAGCAUUGAUGAUUAAAAACUUUUUUGUAAUAUUUCUGGAUAAUUUUAGAUGACCAAUCUGACCAAAUUAUAUCAUUGUCACGGUUUCUUAAGUUGUAUAUCAUGUAUGUCAAAUUGUUGCCAGUUUCAAAUAUUUUAUAUAAAAAUAGCUCUUUUGAAAGUGAUAUGAGUAUG